UUCAACCGUUCUUCAAAAUUUUCUCGGCGUCCAAACUGCUUACUGCGAACCUCAAUUUCUUUCCUAUCCAUCUCUAGCUGAGUUGCUGUAUACAGAUGUUAGAGGAGAGCACAAUACAAACGAAGAAUUGAAUUGGAUAGUAGUACUAGUAUUACUAUCUGUGUAGUAGUAGUUCACUUCACUUCACCAUCUCCCCCGCGAUUCUCAUUUCAACUUCCCCGCGAUCAAUGACGCUCGGAUGAAGCCUCCAUUCUGAGUCUUCAAUGGGUGUCUCGUUUAAGGUCUCGAGUAAAGGUUCCAGGUUCCGUCCCAAGCCUGUGAUUCAGCCAGAAGAAGUUGCUCUUAAUGAGGCAUCAGGAAAUUCCAAGGAGGCCUCGUUGAUUGGCGCCCGAAAUCCGUCGUCAAAGAGAAGGAUUGUGGACACUAAGGAUGUAGCUGGCAUCUCAAGUACACCGAUCUCUGAGGAUGAAGUUGCCUUCACGUUGGACCUCUAUCCAGAUGGAUAUUCCAUUGGAAAAGCCCCAGAGAAUGAUGCGGCGCGCAGGCGUCCCCUUCAAGAUGCUUCAAAAGUGUUGCACCUAUAUGAUAGGGCCUCUGAAACUAUACUUUCGGCAAUUGAGUCUGGCUGGUUGCCUGGAGAUAUUCUGGAUGAUAUACCAUCCAAGUACACCAAUGGAACUCUUGUAUGUGAGGUGCGAGAUUAUCGAAGCUGUGCUACUGAGCAAGGUUCUGGUAUGCCAUCUCUCAGCGGAGCUCCUACUAUGAAUAAAGUGCGCCUUAAGAUGUCAUUGGAAAAUGUGGUGAAGGAUAUCCCUCUGAUUUCAGAUAACUCUUGGACCUACGGUGAUCUGAUGGAAGUUGAAUCCAGGAUAGUGAAGGCUUUGCAGCCGAUACUUUCGCUUGAUCCCACACCUGAACUGGAUAAGCUCUCUGCUAGCCCUCUUCCCUCUCGACUUAAUUUAAAUCUGAGUAGCCUGCGGAAGAAACGGUUGAGGCAGAUGGCAAAUGUAACUGUGAUGUCUACAAACAGGCUCCAUGGGAAGAAAGUUUGCAUAGAUCGAGUCCCAGAAAGCUCCAACAGCAGAUUUGCCGAGUCAGGCCAUAUGACACAGCAGCAUCAUGUCAAUGAAAAUCUUACUGCUUCAAAUCUCGGUACAAGCAGCAUGCUAGGUGUGGGGGCAAGGAGCUUUCAAGAUGGCAAUGUUCAAGCAAUACCUUUAGUUUCUCAACAACAAAGGUAUCAAGCUGCAGCUGGAAAUGCUAGGGGCAUUCAGGAUCACGGCUCAGCAGGGUCUCUUGUAUAUAUUUCUGCAUCUUCCCCUGGCGGGCAAGAGAUGAUGGUCACUUAUGGUGAUAAUAUGAAUGCCGGCGCUUCACUGCAUGGUAAAAGAGAGAAUCCAGAUGGACAAGAAACACCACAAUUACCAAAUUUUAACAAGAGAUCAAGGAUGAAUACUGUAGGUCCCGAUGGGAUACAACUGACACAAACGGAUAACCUCCAAACAUCUGAUAUGAGCUGGAGGAACUCGUUUCUUCAGCAGCAAGUAAUGGCUAGAGGAAUGCAGUAUGCUAAUCAUGUCGGGAUCCAAAAGUACCCACAAAUGUUUGAAGGGGUCAUCAAUCAGAGAUUCGGUGUGAAGGAAGAGCAGUUUGAUCCUGACAAGCUGGAUAGAGGACCGGAGCACAGUCAGGGUAAUAAGAGUGAUAUGCAGAUGGAAAGACUGCCCCAGCAUAUGAUGAGACCGAAUUUCCCUCCGGCAACAGCAUGGAGCAAUUUCGGCCAAGAGACAAGGAAGGAGGACCAGCAGGUUCCAAAGAGGAAAUCUGUACAAAGUCCUCAUGUGUCUGCAGGUGCUUUGGCUCAGUCUCCAUUAUCAUCGAGAUCUGGGGAAUUCUCAAGUAACUCAGUUGGGCCUCACAUUGGAGCAGUUUCUGCAGCGACUGCUGCUCUUGGUUCGUCGCAGAAGGAUAAGUCGGUAGUUACCUCCACUCCUGGGAGGACGGCUUCUUUGAAUUCCAGCAGUAAUGACUCCUUGACACGUCUGCAUCAGCAGCCUGCUCAAGUUGUGAGCAAAAGGAGGUCAAAUUCUGUACCCAGGACCACUGUUGCUAUGAGUGGAGUCGCCUCACCUGCAAGCGUUGGCAACAUGAACGCGGCUAGUCCUGUGGUUGGAGCAGCACAUAUGGCUCUUCUCGAAAGGUUUGCAAAGCUUGAGAUGGUGGCUUCAAGGCAUAAGUUGCACGGUAAAAAGAACAAAGUGGAUGACUACCCAAGGAAACAAAAAACAUGUAAUCCUCAGCUUCUUGGGGCUUGCCUAUCAAAUCCAUCCAAUAACGAGGAUUUCAAAGACGACUCUGAAGAAAAGCAAUUAUCAAAUUCACUUGUUGGUGGCAGCAGGAAUGCUCCCAAGAUGAGAGUUAUGAAUUUUAUGCAAGGUGAACGGGUUCUUCAAGGAAAUGUUGUUGCUUAUGUCCCAAAAGCACGUGCUAGAAUGGUCCUGAUGGAGAAGUCGAAUGAUGGUACUGUGGCUAUGCAUUAUGGAGACCUGGAUGAUGGCGAUAUUCUCUCUGCCGAGGAGUAUCUUCCUACCUUACCUAAUACGCAUCAUACCGAUUUGCUUGCAAAACAAUUCUGUACAUUGAUGAGCCGUGAUGGCUAUCUCGUGGAGAAUCACAUUGAACAAAAACCAACAAGGAUGAUGAAUAUUCAGUUGAGUAGUCAACCGCCAGUUCUGACUGGCAACAAUUCCACGCUGGAGAUGCAGCACCACCAACAACAAUACAAUGAAGCUAUCGCUGCUCAGCAGGCCGCCUCAAAUGAUGUGAAGCCGACUCUUAAAGGCAACAAUGUUUCUUUAAAUCCAUCCCAGAAUCCAAGAAUGCUACCACCUGGGAACUCUCAGGCCUUACAGAUAUCUCAAGGUCCCUCAUCUGGCGCCUCGCCAUCUCGGCCACAGCAGCAACUUGACAUUCCAUUAUCCGUUCAGCAGCAACAACAGCAGCAGCAACAUAACCAAAAUGCCUUACUUCAUCAACAGCAGCUUCAGAGGCCACAACAAAUGGCGCUUCCAUCGAAUCCACUCUCCCAUUUAAAUGCUACUAUGGGCCAGAACUCGAACAGCAUGCACUUGAACAAACAACAGCAGGCCCAACUUCAGGCGCAACAGCAGCAGAUGCAGCAGAAAAAAAUGAUGAUGGGGCUGGGAGUGCAUUUGGGAAUGGGAAACAACAUGGUGGGGCUAGGAGCGCUAGGAAGUGCGAUGUCAGUGGGAGUUGCAAGGGGGCUCGCAGGUCCUGGAAUAUCUGGAACGGUGAAUAUGGGUCAGAACCCGAUUAACAUUGGCCAGUCACAGCAGAACAUCAACGCUAUCCAGCAGACUCAACAACAGGCUGCUUACCAGAAGCUCAGAAUAAAUCAGCGGUCAGGUAUUGCUGGAAUGCCGGCAGGCGCUAGGCAGAUGCCCUUCCCUAGUGCUGCUGCCGCGGCUGGGCUUUCUAUGUUGAAUCAGCCCAUCAACAUGGGCCACAUGCUGCAGCAGCGGAGCGCAAUGGGUCCUAUGGGCCCGCCAAAGCUGAUGGCUGGAAUGAAUAUGUUCAUGAACCAGCACCAGCACCAGCAAAAUCAGCAGUUGCAGUUACAGCAGCAGCAGCAAAAUCAGCAGUUGCAGCAGCCAGAAUCGACCUCGUCGCUUCAGUCUCUUCAGGCUGUUGUUUCGCCUUCUCAAGUGGGCUCACCAUCGACCAUAGGCCUUCAGCCGCAGCAGCAACCCCUGCAGCAGCAACCCCUGCAGCAUCCUAGCCAGCACCAAAUGGCCCGAACUCCAAUGAGUCCACAGAUGAGCUCAGGGGCGAUCCAUGCCAUGAGCGGCGGUAACCCAGAUGGUUGCCCUGCCAGUCCGCAGUUGAGUUCCCAGACUGUUAACUCUAUUGGAAGUAUCACAAACUCUCCCAUGGAGCUCCAAGGGGUAAACAAGAGCAAUUCUGUUAACAAUGUCUAGCUUGUGCCUGAUCUCUACCGUAGUUUUAGUUGCAGCUUAAUCAGAAACUUAUUUGUGGUUUAAUGACUCAAAUUCUUAGUUUUUAGCUGCCGAGUGCCGACUAGCCUUCGUUUAGACUUCAUGCUGCAAAGCUUCUGUUCCGUUUCACCCUUAUGGACUUACAUUGAGAUUAGUUUUUGAAGUUAUCUUGGCUCAAUUUAAGCUGAAGGAGCUAUUUUACUUUUUCCA